AUAGUUUGUCGUACGUCGGCUUGCGCGGUUCGAGUCUGGUUGAACGUGAUCGCUGGUGAAUGGUAAAUCGCCUUUCGAAAACAGAACACGCGGACAGUGUGGCUACGUAUAUACUGUAUGUCAUAUUGUUUGAAUCAGUACCUCCAGCGAGAACAAAGUGAGAAAUCCGUUACGUGUCAGGAAAUGAUAGAGUGCCGAAUAAAUUUCAUACUUUGACGAGAGUGAAAAUACUCUCUGCUACAAUGGAACAACGAUUGGUCUGCGUUAUCAUUCUUGGAUUCGGCUUUAUGCUGUUGUUCACUGCUUUUCAAACGAUGGGCAACAUUGAACAAACAGUGAUCAACAGCAUCAAAAUAGACGAUCCCACGUUUCAAGGAGAUGGAUACACAAGUCUAGCGGUUAUAUAUGCAUUGCUAUCGAUCUCAAACUGGUUGACCCCAUCUGUACUGUCGAAAAUUGGACCGAAAAUUGCUAUGCUCAUAGGAGCACUCACCUACUGCUUCUUCAUCUUAACUUUUUUGUGGCCACAAACAUGGUUAUUGUACGUUGCAAGCGCAAUUUUAGGAGCUGGAGCCGCGCUGAUCUGGACUGGUCAAGGAAUGUACCUUUCAAAGUGCAGUGAUGAGUCUACAAUUUCCCGCAACUCUGGAAUUUUUUGGGCUAUGCUGCAAAUGAGCAUGUUUUGUGGAAACCUUUUGGUUUUCUUCCUGUUCCAAGGAAAAACGCACAUUGAUAACGAUACACGUACCCUGGUCUUCUCGAUUCUGGCUGGUUUGGCCAUUAUAGGAAUUGUGUUUCUGGGAGCUUUGCGAAAACCGAACCAAUCGAACCUCGCUCUGGACGAUGAAAUUCUAGAUCGUCAACAGGGACCAAAGCAAGCAUUCAUUAAUGCAGCCAGAUUGUUCUUCACGAAACGUAUGUUGCAGCUCAGCGUUACGUUCAUAUAUACAGGACUGGCGUUAUCGUUCUUCAGUGGCGUUUAUGGAGCUAGUAUUGGGUUCACCAAGGCAAUUGGCGAAUCAGCUAAGCAAUUAGUCGGACUGAACGGAGUAUUCAUCGGCGUAGGAGAAGUUCUAGGAGGAGUAUUCUUCGGCCUUCUAGGAAAACGAACCGCCAAAUGGGGCCGCGACCCAAUUGUAAUUGCUGGAUUCAUACUUCAUAUCAUUAGUUUUGUACUUAUAUUUAUGAAUAUACCUGAUGCAGCCCCAUUUGGAGAUACAGACGAAGUUGCGUUCAUCAAACCACCGAUAGCUGCUAUCGCCAUUUUAUGUUCCUUCCUGCUUGGUUUAGGAGAUGCUUGCUUCAACACACAGAUAUACUCCAUGCUUGGAGGAGUAUUCGCCAGAAACUCGGCUGAAGCCUUUUCAAUAUUCAAAUUUACACAGUCUGUUGCAGCCGCCAUAAGUUUCGUCUACUCAUCUCAUCUGGGACUUCGUGUCCAGCUAGGUAUCCUUCUAGUCUUCGGGAUUUUGGGUACUGUUACUUUCUGUUUUGUAGAAUGGGCAGUGAAACAAAGCCGAACAAUGAAUUCAAAUGAAUGUGAAACUGUCGAUACUAAGAAAUAAAUAAACUAAUUGAACGCUUGAA